AUGGACGAAGUUUUGAAGCGUGACCCGGUGGUAUACCACACUUUCAUCGGCGACCUGGUGAAGGCUAACAUGCUGGGUUUCACGUACCGCCCGAAGGAUUUAGUCACCCCCUUUUUCGUGGCCAAGAAGAGUGGAGCGCAGCGUCUAGUGUGGGACGCUCGAGUGCCAAAUCGACGUUUUCGCGACCCGCCGCCGCUGGCCAUGGGGACAUCGGCUGCGCACGGUCGCCUACAGCUACCUGAUGAUCGUAAGGAGGACGGCAGCUUCAGCACCAAGCUUUUCUGCGCCCAGGCUGAUGUGCGCAACUACUUCUACGCUCUCGGCCUGAGGGAGGAGCUGGGACUGUUCUUCUCGCUGCCUCCGGUGUCGCAGGCUUCGUUGUCGCAAUGGGGGGUCGAGGCAGUGGACACUCCCGAGGGCCCCUCGGGGGGCUGGGUGUGGCCGUUCCUGCGGGUCGUUCCGAUGGGCUGGUCUUGGGCUUUCUGGCUUGGGCAGCGUGCGAAUGCGCACGUCUGCUGCUCUGCCUCGGGGCUCGGGUUCCCGCGGGUGCUGACCGAUCACGGUCCGGUGCCCCCGCUCGACAGGGGGGUCCCUUGCCUCCUCCCCUAUUGCGAUAACAUCAACGUCAUCGGCACCGACCCUGUCAGAUGCAAUGUUUUGAUGCACCAGAUCUGCGACGCCUGGAGGAAGCAUGGCGUGCAGAUUCACGAGGUGGUCGAGGCCACUGACGUCUUCACCAGCCUCGGCCGUCUGGUCGACGGCGCGUCUGGGCGAGUUUUCUCACGGCCCGAGCGCUCCGAGCGCCUCCGCCAAGCUUCACUGUGGCUAGAGCAGCGCCCUAGAGUCACGGGGAGGGAGGUGGAGAGGUACGUGGGUCAUCUCAUUGAUCAUCUGAUGCUGAAGAGGGAGCUGCUCUCGAUCCUCAGGAGUUUGUAUGAUUUCGUCAGAGAGUGCUAUCACGUGCGAGCCCGUCUCUGGCCCUCGGCUGCCCGCGAAGUCGAGCAGUGCCGUCGCCUGCUGCCGCUGAUGUCUGCCAACCUUCGGCUUCAGUGGUCGCCGACGGUCUUCGCUUACGACGCGUGCUUGACGGGCUAUGAGGCCUCGGAGGGGCCGUUCGACGUCUUCAGCGACAUCGAGACCGUCAAGGCCCCCGAGAGCACCAGCAUGGACCUCAUCAAGGACCCCUGGGAGCUCAACCCGCAGUCCACAGAGGUGCCCGCACAGGCUCUGCAGGGCCCCCAGUGGAAGCAGGUGGUCUCGGCCAGGGUUCACGUCAAGGAGCCCAUCACUAUUAUCGAGGGGAGGGCUUCGAACAUGACAUCUCGUCAUAUCACGAGGGCCCAGGUGUCCCGCCUGCCCCGCGCGGUGUCCGUCAAGCGCCCAGCUGCCAGCCCCAAGAUCGUGCAGAAGAGUUUUUUGAAGGGCAGGCCGUUUGUUGGGGCGACGAAGGAGGAGAGGAUUGCUCACCGUCUGCGGGCCUCUGGGCCGUUCACGAUGGUGGGGGAGGACGAGAGGAGUUUCCUGGAGUGGAACGCGGUGGCGCCCGAGACCCAGGCAUACUACAAGGACGCCCUCGACGACUUCCAGACGUUCGUGGACCUCUUCGAGCUGCCGCUGCACACCGCGGCUCAGGUCGACCUGGCUCUGAUGAACUACGCCGACUACGCCUGGAGCAUCGGGCUCGAGAGAGCCGCCGUCCUGAAAACAUAUGCCGCGUACAUCUCGGCGCACCCCGACUUUCCCCGAAAGGGGUCGCUCCGCCUGCCGCGUUUCUGUCGGGCCCUCCAGGGCUGGAGGCGCCUGGACCCAGGCCAGACGCGCCCGCCCAUGCCCUGGCAAGUGGUCGCGCUGGUCGCGCUGGCGAUGGCCACGCAGCUGGGGUCCCCGCGCGCGGCGCUCAUGGUGGUGACGAUGUUCUGGGUGUACCUCAGGCCCUCCGAGGCCGUCGGCCUGCGCGAGCAGGACCUCUUCCUCCCCUCGGGCUCGUGCAUGGACUACGGCUUCAACCUGCACCCCAGCGCGAGGGGCGAGUACAGCAAGACCAGCUUGUCGGACGAGAGCUUGCUCCUCGAUUCGGUCGAGGUGCCCUGGCUGGGCCCGCUGCUGGCGCGCGCGAGGUCGGGGGACCCGCAGGCGCCGCUGUUCCGUCUCACCGCCGCGCAGCUGGGCGUCAUGUGGCGUCAGGCGCUGGAGCUGGCCGAGGUGCCCACCAGGCACGUGCCCUACCAGCUCCGCCACGGUGGCCCGUCGCACGACCGCCUCAAGAGGCAUCGAUCCAUGGACGAGAUCAAGAGGCGCGGGCGGUGGGCCAGCGACUACACGAUGAAACGCCACGAGGCCCACGCGCUGGUGCAGCAGGAGCUGGCGGCACUCCCAGUCGACGUCCGCCGCAGGGCCGAGGCGGCGCCCGCGAAGCUGCACGCCGAGCUCGAGAGGCUCCUGGCGCGGCCCCAGAGGCCGUUCGUCGAGCUCAUGUGCGGCUCCGCCGCCUUGGCCAAGGCCGUCCACGCCGCCGGCUGGGCUUCGGAAGGCUGGGACUACGCUGACGACCCGCGAGCCGACCUUCUUGAUGAGUCCCUCGUCGACAGUCUGGUUUUGAGGAUCUCACGGAAGGAAGUCGCGGGGGUGCAUGUCGGCCUGGACUGCAAAACGUGGAGCCGGGCAAGGAAGAAUGAUGGACAGGGUCCGCCGCCGCUCAGGGACGAUGCGAAUUUGCACGGCCUCCCUCUGCUGGCGGCGGCGGACGCGGAGAAGGUGAGGAUCGCCAAUCGUCUGCUCGCUAAUGUUCUGCGCCUGCUGGCUGCAGCCGUCGAGGCGGGAGUCCCCUUCUCUCUCGAGAACCCUCGCUCGUCUCGCCUCUGGCUGGUCCCAAAGCUGCUGGACAUGGCCCGCGACGCUCACGCCGAGUGGGCUUCUGUUGAUUAUUGCCAGUAUCAGGUCCCCUGGAAAAAGGCGACUACCUUUUUGCUUUUCAAUUGGCUGCCAGCGCAGCCUUCCCUCCGCCUGUGUUCAGGCUGUCAAAAAAGGUGUAGUGCAACAGGUAAGGCACACAUAACACUGAAGGGUAAAGACCCGCUCGGUGUGUUCUGGACUUCGAGGGCGCGCCCUUACCCCGCGGCGCUCUGCAAAGAUCUUGCAGCGCUGGUGGUGGCCAAGGCCAAGACACUGGAUGGCAGUGGGUAG